AAUCCUGCUUUGGCUGGCUGAGCUAGUCGAAAACCAAUCUUUAUGCGCGUCGGUUCUCUUUUAACAAAAAGCAAGAGAGGCACGGUAGAAAAUGUUUUUGUUCCAGUUUUGUAGCGGUCCGCGAUAGGUUUAUGCGAAAUUUUAUGCAACCGAAAUCAAGGUGGUACUUUCACUCUCAAGUUAUGUCGACUGUUACGUAAAGUACCGCUUGCUUACAUAUGCCGGAUAAUAACAAUACGAUAGCGCGCUAAAGACCGUAAUUCACACAGCUGCGAGGGACUGAAGAAAAAAAUUAGUGCGCGCCUAAAGCGUUACACAAAUCCUUUGUUUGGGCUGUUGCUUGAUACAGUGAACCUACAAUAGAUCGGUUUAGUUUCUGGCUAAUCAGCUCAUUUGCCGUUUUUUUCUGUUUACUUGGAAAGAGUUUUGCACCGAAAAGCCGCACGUCAAACAAUUAAGGGAUGACGGGUAAUUGAAGAUGGCAUCACCGACACCGUCAAUAGAAUCCUUACCACGAGCAAACUCAAUUGGAUCCUUCGGUGACCAGGUAGAAUAUCUGUCCCUUUCCCCAUUGGCGGGCUCCCCCGGAUCGUCCCCCCCAGCCAGCGACUCAGUCGAUAGAGACAGCGACCCCACGGAGCUCCAUUGCGAGCAGUGCAGAGAACCGGUCUCCGAUCCGAAGCUUUUGGCCUGCUUUCACACGUUCUGUAACUUGUGCUUGGAGCGCAACAAGUUGGUCUGCCCACGUUGCAAUACCGAGUCGAUUGAAGGUAUUCUGAAUAAUUUGCUUAGUUCCGACCAAAUUGAGCCGUUCCAGCCGGCCACUCCGCGCUGCACCGGCUGCAAAAAUAAGAAAUUCGACGCCGUUGCGCGCUGCGUUGAUUGCGUCAACUACCUGUGCUCCCAUUGCCUGAUGGCUCAUCAGUUCAUGCACUGUUUUGAGGGCCAUCGUCUACAGAGUCUGAACGAGACCAAGGACGAGCCCAGAAACGGGUUCAUACCAGUUGGAAGCAACAUGGCCAACAACAGCGAGAAGAGCUUAAUCUGCCCCAAACAUAAAGGCGAACUGAUCAAGUACUUUUGCCGAACCUGCUCCGUGCCCAUUUGCAAGGAGUGUCUCACCUUGGAGCACCCGUCUAAUCUGCAUGAGUGUGAGCUGAUUGGCGACGCUGUUCCGAAGCAGAUCGAGGCCAUCCACCACGCGGUGUCUGAGGCCAAAGUGAAGGCGACCGACAUCAGGAACACCUUAAAGAACGUGGAACACGCCAAUAGCCGAUUGCAGGUCCAGUAUCACAAGGCCCAAACGGAAGUGAAUGAAACCUUCCAGUUUUAUCGCUCGAUGCUGGAGGAGCGCAAGCAAGAGCUACUGAAGGAGUUGGAAAGCGUUUUCUCCGCGAAGCAAAUGGCCCUGAAUGUGGCCACCGAUAAGGGGCAGGAGACGAUCGACCAAAUCUACAAGACGUGCGAGUUCGUGGAACGACUCAACAAGUGCGCGAACGUGGUGGAGAUUCUGAUGUUCCGCAAACUGCUGGACGCCAGACUGCAAACGAUGCUCACAUACAAUAUGGACCAAAGCGUGCAAUCUGCAUCCGAACUGGAAUUUGUCUCGAACUAUCAAGCCAUCCAAGUGGGAGUGCGUAAUACAUUUGGUUACGUGCGUUCAAACUCAGAACCGGUUGUGGGCCCCAGCAAGCAACCGCCGAUCGCUCGACCAACAGGAGGCAGCAGCUCAAGCGGAAGCAGCGUAAACGGCAGCUCGGGCAGCUUGAAUGGCGCCAUCCACUGCCCAUUCGGACUGACCAACAACAGCCAAUCGACAUCGCCUUUCGAGUCGAACAUUCUCAGCAAACGCUUCAGCAGCGCCAACAGCUUGGGCCCGUUCUCCACCACCAUUGGAGAGAUGAACAUCAACCCCUAUGAGAAAUGGUCGAACGGGGGCGCUACCGAUAGCAUUUUCCAAAACGGCAGUGUGGAUCCCUACUCCUUGACCGGGCCUACUCAUCCAGAUCCCAUGCUGGACUUGACCUCCAAACUGUCAGUGGCGAUCUUCCCGCCCAAGAGCCAAAUCAAGCGCCAGAAGAUGAUCUACCAUUGUAAGUUUGGCGAGUUUGGCGUGAUGGAGGGACAGUUCACUGAGCCGAGCGGUGUGGCGGUGAAUGCGCAGAACGACAUAAUCGUGGCGGACACCAACAACCAUCGCAUCCAGAUCUUCGAUAAGGAGGGCCGAUUCAAGUUCCAUUUCGGAGAGUGCGGCAAGCGCGACUCGCAGCUGUUGUACCCGAAUCGAGUGGCGGUGGUGCGCACUUCAGGAGACAUCAUAGUUACAGAACGGUCUCCGACCCAUCAGAUCCAGAUCUACAACCAGUAUGGGCAGUUUGUGCGCAAAUUCGGCGCCAACAUUCUACAACACCCGCGAGGCGUCACCGUCGACAACAAGGGACGCAUCGUGGUGGUGGAAUGCAAAGUGAUGCGGGUCAUAAUUUUCGACCAAGCUGGCGCGGUGCUGCAGAAGUUCGGCUGCUCCAAACAUUUGGAGUUCCCCAACGGGGUGGUGGUGAACGACAAGCAGGAGAUUUUCAUCAGCGACAAUCGCGCGCAUUGCGUGAAAGUGUUCAGCUACGAAGGCGUCUACCUGCGCCAGAUUGGAGGCGAAGGUAUCACCAACUACCCGAUCGGGGUGGGCAUCAACGCCAAUGGCGAGAUCCUGAUCGCCGACAACCACAACAACUUCAACCUGACGAUUUUCACCCAGGAUGGCCAGCUGGUGUCUGCUCUCGAGAGCAAGGUGAAACAUGCCCAGUGCUUUGACGUGGCCCUCAUGGACGACGGCUCCGUCGUGCUGGCCAGCAAAGACUAUCGCCUCUACAUCUAUCGCUAUGUACAGGUGCCCCCUAUCGGCCUAUAGGCUACUACUAUCCCACCAGGGUCUCCAGCUGCAGCCAUUCCCUACACUUUUUAUUGAUGCAUUUUUGAACGGAGUGGUCGGACCGCUGGUCUGUUGACGUUGAAUUAAUUUAGUUGGCGAAAUUACAACAAUACUGCAAAUUGUCAUAGUUUUGUAUUCGAUGUUGAUAUUUUUAUAUUUUACCGUUUGAAAUGAUGAGUCGGAGCAGACACACGGGCUCGAAAUCGACCCCGCCGACACCAAUGAUGUUGAUUGACCAAAUUAUCAAUUUUUGAAACAGGGAUAUUAUUGAAAUUAGACAUGUUAAGCCAAGCAUCGAGGUGCCUGGGCCGUUGUUGUAAUCUUAAUCGAACAUCAUCCUAUGAUAUGAUAAUGAUCUAUUUUAAUAUGCGUGUAUGUUGUGAAUGUCUUUAGAAAUAGAGCAUUGUUAUUUGCGGGAAGCCGCGUUGUUAGCGACCCUAGUCACCCCUCAAACCUUGUUUUAGACUUUAGCCGCGGGCGCGAAUGGUUCCGUCCUCGGACCCAUUCUGCCGAAAUUCGAAUUUCAAUGAAACUGCAUUGAAACUUGAACCGUUCCACGGCUAUCAUGUAUUGUUCAAUUUUUAUAUUCCUCAUUCGUGAAUUUGGAUGAAUAUUUAUAAUAAACGACCACGCCAUCUUAUAUAACAUCGCGUGCCGUGCCUACCGUAAGCUUCUUCCGUCGCCGGAAUUCUCCUCCUUUAUGUUUAGUACCUUAGUUUGUUUUUAUUUUUUUAUCAUUACUUACGUUUCUAAGUUAGCAAAAUACACGGUUCUGCAAGCGUACAUACAUACGGUGCAUGCAAUACCUUUCAAACCACUUAUUUUUCGAUUUUUAUUUUAUUUAGUUGUAGUCGAAGUAGUAGGUUUUUAUAUUUGUUUGUUGAUGCUGCCAAGUUUAAGAUAGCGACGCGCAUGUGUCCUUUGGAGGGAAGCUUUGUGUUACCAUUGCUUGAAAUCAGACGAAUUCAAUUUCCUCGCCCAGACCAUGUUCGCUCCGUGCUUCGGCACUCCAAGACUAUUACGUAGUAGUUAGUUCUUUUUUAUUAUUAUUUACUUAGUGUUUUUUAAGUUUUGUUAGUUAAUACUACUGCUGCUUGAGCUCGCAACAGGUCCCAUUAUUAUCCACAUAGUUUUUAAGAUGUUACACGUUGUUCAUGCGAAAGUUGCACCUAUUAUUAUUAACUCGUUUUAUAUUGUUUAGUUAGGAGGUUAAAUGCAACAUAAAACUCGUUUGGGGAAUAUUAUUAAGGCCACUGCAGUUUCUAUCGCAUUGAUUCUGGACGAGGAUCCUCGCGCACAAACGCAUUUUUUCCAAGUUCACCGUUGUUUUUAUUUUAUCUGAAGACUGAGUAUUAAAGCUAGAACAAAAAAAUGGAAUGAAUAUCAUUUGUGGAUUCAUCGGACUAUUUCCGAUGCAUCCUCCAAGGCUGAAUUGUUUUCGAUAUUGCUAGACGAAGGUCCGUCGCUUAGUUCGCCGAUCUGCUGUCCGAGACGUUUGAAAAACCUGAGCAUCAGUAUUAUUUCCUAAAUCGUAUAUUUUACUGUUGAUUAUUGCUAAGUUAGGUAAAUAAGUAUUGACUUUUUGAGAGGGCAGAAAAGCAGUUAAAUCAAUUUUUCACUCAAGGAAGUAUCGUAAUGCGAGUUAUUGCUGCAUCUAGAUAGUAGAUGGGUUUCCUAAACGUUUUUGAAAACAACUAAGCCAGCUUGCUAAGCCUUUCGGAGCCAGACUGCAAUAUUCUAAACGACUCGAGUAGUACUUAAUUUGACCAAUUUGAGGUUUAGUAAUAUUAAUAAUAAUAAUAAUGGGACCAAACACAGCUCACGUGGUGCAUCGUCUGACAUUUUUAGUAAGGAUAAUUUAUGCAUUAUUUAUAUUUUUUACUUGUUGUUGUUUAUCGAUAACGAAGGCAUUAAAACCGCGCAGUUGAGAGAUCUCAAUCCUAUUUCAACUUCGCAAGGCAUUCUGAAAUCGGGCUGGUUUCCACUUCGAUUUCGGCUCGAAAAUGGCAACUUUUAAAAGCAAUUAGGUUCAGUUAUUCAGUUCUAAACAUGCCCCAGUCGGCCUAACAUUUUUGGUAUGCACCCGAUUAAUGUUGUUUGUUAUUUUAGCUCAUUAUUGUCAUAUCUUACUUAUUAUAUUCUAUUGUUCCUCACAUCGGUCCAAGUGCGUACCGAACCAAACAAUCUCAACCAAAAAUCCAGCCCGUAUACAAUACCCGUCUCUACAUUUUUAACGUUGUUGUUAUAUUAGUAAUUUAACGGUGAAAUUGUUCUUAAAGUCAAUUUGUACAUUGUUUUGUUUUUCUUUGAUUUUUUGUUGUAAAUGCUUUUUUACUUAAUAAUACCAUUAAUUGCAGUUUA